AUUUAACGCUAGAUUCCUGUCAACAUCCAUGUCUGACAGGCAUUAGCUGGGCAGCGUUAGCAACAGCUAGCUCCGAGGACUGUGAUAUUUCAGUAGUUUUACGUUUGGUGACUGAAUUGCUGAGAAAACGUCAUCAUGUCUCAGGUGGAGAAGAAGGCAGGGUUACUGAGGAGAACGUCAUCCUCAAAAAAACCCUUGAAAGAGAAGGUGGUGCUGAUGUAUGAUGAGAUUUUUGCAAAGGAGGACCCUGCCAAAAACAACCCUCGCUUCUGGGAUGAACUGUUUCUUAUGAAGGUGAACUUGGAGUACCUGGAGUCCAAGUUGGAGAGUGUAGAUGGGGAGGAGGUUCAGCGUAUCCAGGACAACAUCAACUCUCUGUUCCACCACUGUGUUCAGGCUCUAGCAGAGGAGCACCAGAUCAAAGUGGUCAAUGCCCUGCAGACUCUCUGUGCACUUUUCCGAGGGGUUCACCAGAAGAACAAGUCAGCAUCGGGCUUUGACAUCAUCAACAUGCUCAUGGGGUUUGACAAGGCUGAGCAAAGAAUGAAGGACUUGAUGGAGAGACUGGACGGCCUCCUUUGCGGAGACGGGUCAGAGAGUCUGAAGAGCCUUUGUCUCAAACUGCUGCUGUGUCUGGUGACGGUAACGGACAAUAUUAGUCAGAACACCAUACUGGAAUAUGUGAUGAUCAACAGCAUCUUUGAAGCCAUUCUGCAGAUUCUGUCAGAUGUGUCCAGCAGAGGGCAGCAUGGUUAUGAUGCUGUGGUCCUUUUGGCCCUUUUGGUCAACUACAGGAAAUAUGAGUCUGUGAAUCCAUACAUCGUGAAACUCUCCAUUGUGGACGAUGAGCCAACACUGGAUGGUAUGGGUAUGGUCGUCCACCAAGCGCUGACAGAAUAUAACAGGCAGUACAAGGACAAAGAGGAGGAGCACCAGGGCGGGUUCUUCUCUACCCUCACUAGUAUGGUGGGCAACAUGUUUAUAGCAGAUGCCGAUGAAAAGCUCUCUGUACAGACCAAUGAGGCCAUUCUGCUGGCACUGUACGAGGCCGUGCACCUAAACCGCAACUUCAUCACUGUAUUAGCACAGAGCCACCCUGAGAUUGACAUUGCGGUCACACCUAUCACCCCUACUCCAACAACACCCACAACACCGCUCGGCACAACGCCGCCUUCCCUAGACAUGAUGAACAACCCAGAACUGCCUCUGGAUCCCAACCUGCAGACCAGCAACCUUCUCAUCACCUUCCUCAAGUACGCCUCUAUUGUAAUGCAGGAUACAAAAGACGAACACCGACUCAACAGUGCCAGAUUGUGCCUAAUCAUCCUCACCUGCAUAGCAGAGGACCAGUACGCUGAUGCCUUCCUUCAUGACGACAACAUGAAUUUUAGAGUCAAUCUCCACAGAAUGCCCAUGAGGCACAGAAAAAAAGCAGUGGACAAGAACAUCCCUUCACGGCCGCUGGUGUGUGCUGUUCUAGAUCUGAUGGUGGAGUUUAUUGUCACUCAUAUGAUGAAGGAUUUCCCCAUGGAUUUAUAUUUGCGCUGCGUACAGAUCAUCCACAAACUCCUCUGCUACCAGAAGAAAUGCAGAAUCAGGUUACAUUACACCUGGAGAGAGCUUUGGUCAGCUCUCAUCAACCUGCUCAAGUUCCUGCUGUCAAAUGAGACCACACUGCUGUCCAAGCACAACAUCUUUCAUCUCGCUUUACUGGUAGUGAACCUGUUCAACAUGUUCAUAACGUACGGCGACACGUUUCUUCCUACGUCCAACAGCUACGACGAAUUGUACUACGAAAUCGUACGAAUGCACCAGGUCUUUGACAACCUCUACUGUAUGGUUCUGAGAGUAUCGACCAACACAGGCCAGUGGAAGGAGGCAGCCAGUAAAGUCACACACGCCCUUGUCAACGUUCGGGCCAUCAUCAACCAUUUUAACCCUAAGAUCGAGUCAUACGCUGCCGUGAACCACAUCUCCCAGCUGUCAGAAGAACAGGUGUUGGAGGUGGUGCGGUCCAACUACGACACACUGACCCUCAAACUACAGGAUGGGUUGGACCAGUUUGAGAGAUACUCUGAGCAGCCGAAAGAGGCGGCUUUCUUCAAGGAGCUGGUGCGCUCCAUCAGUCUGAAUGUGAGGAAGAAUGUCUCUCUGAACACGCUGAGUCAGGACAUCCUGCUCAAAGAGUUCUCCACCAUCUCCUGAGACACACACACACACGCACACACAUACACACGCACACACACACACACACACACACACACACACACGCACACACACACACACACACACACACACACACACACACACACACACACACAUACACACGCACACACACACACACACACACACACACACACACACACACACACACACACAUACACACGCACACACACACACACACACACACACACACACACACACACACACACACACACACCAGGCCUUCUCCUCCCUCCUGUUGGACAUACACAGUACAUGUUUUUGUGCAUGUGGACUCACAGUUUCACACAUAACACCACAAACACCAACCAGUACAAUCGCUGAUUCAUCUCGACUCCACUUCCUCCUCCUCCUCCUCUUCUUCUCUGUCUCCUGUGAACUGGGGGCGACGGAGACUUCUCCCACAGAGACGGACACACUCACAGGCUUGGAUGCACCUUACAACUCUCCAGACUUUGCUCCCUUUGUGGUCGUUUAUGUGUGUGUGAUUUUAAGGAAGUGCCCGUAUUGAACUGGUUCUUCGUGUGCAAUCUGCAGUAUUGGCCAGACUGUUAACUGACACAUGAAAGUUUGGAUUUAAGAUGUUAAAAAAAACAAGUAUUUUUAACCCAUUAUGUUCAUCUCCACUCUCUCUCUCUCUCUCUCUCUCUCUCUCUCUCUCUCUCUCUCUCUCUCUCUCUCUCUCUCUCUCUGUUGUAAGUAGCUUCUGAUGUCAAACUGACCACAGUACAAGAUGAUCUCUUAUAUAUCUCUUCAGUAAUGAUUUCAGACAGUUUGGGCUUCGAGUGUAUCAUUAUGUUCUUUCUAACAUUGGUAAAAGUGACCCUGAGCCUUUUUUUUUUUUUUUUUUUUUUUUUUUGAAUCUUACCGGACUAGAGCAUUAACUAACUCGUCAAAUCUGAACAACUUUCUUUGUGUCUGAAUGCUUCUCUUGUGUGAAUGUUUAUUCUCUGCAAGUAUUUUGUAUUUCCACAUUUGCUAAAGGUUAGAACAUUUUGACCAGUAACGAAGUUGAACAUGCUUCUGAAGUGAUUAAAACAUUUUUGUUUUUGAACAAAGCCACGACUAAUCUUCACUACUGUUCGGCACACAAGACACUUUCUCCACUAGUUGAACUAAUUCAUCUGGAUGUGUUGAAGUGAAUGGUUUGUUUUUAGAGGGUAAGUGUUCAGAUAAUGAUUCCUAAAGGUUAUUAAUGCUGUUGUAUCUCUGGCACAUGUUACGUCAGUUA